AUGGCGCUUUUCGCGGUUCCUGGUUUUGCUUCACGUCGCUCGGUCAGUCGCUUCGUAUUCACUAAUUUACAUUCGGCUCGUCACGGAUUUUAUCAAACUCGAAGAAACAGACUGCUUGCUGUUGCUAACAAACCUUAUACGAGCUUGUCUGGCACGGAGCAGUUCAAAAUUCGCCUCAUUAAGACAAAAAAGGAGUUCGAAAGUAUCAUCAUAAAUGCGAUGGUAAAGGAAGGCUGGGGUCCAGGUUUAAAAGAUGCUGAAUGUUUCAUGGCUUGUGAUCCGACAGCAGGGUUUGUUGGCGAGUUAAACGGGAAACCUAUUUGUUGUGCCACAAUAGCAAAAUAUGGCAACAGCUUUGCUUUCGGCGGCUCUUAUAUCGUGAGCAAAGAAUACAGAGGAAGGGAAUACGGCAAGAAAAUAUAUGACGCCGGUAUGGCAAGUGCGAAGCAUUUUCCCAGCAUUGCAUUAAUUUCGGGUCUGAAGCAGGAGGAAAUGAACAAAUGUAAUGGAUUUCGCAGUCAGUUUUACGGGGCAUUUUUCGUCUUUAACAUUCCAACCACUAUAGCCUGCUUCUCUGAGACAUCGAAAAGAUUACCUGUAAAAAUCAAAAGCAUUGAAGAAGUGAAUAUGCAGGCGUUAUUCAUGUAUGACGCCACAGCUUUUGGCUUUGAACGUCACGCGUUCUUGUCCAAAUGGCUUCGCAUGACUGGCAGUCAUGCACGUGUGGCCAUCGAUAGUGAAGGUUGUACCGUGGGUUACACGGUUGCCCGACCAACGUUUAUCAAAGGAAGUUACAAGAUUGGCCCGCUGUUUGCAGAUUCAGAGGCAAUUGCAGAGAAGUUGUUGAAAGCAGUGUUUGAGGAGCUUCUUCGACAAGAAAAACCUUCUCCUGUGGUCUGUAUUGACGCCCCUACAGAGAAGGCCACAAAACUGUGUGAACGGCUUCAAGGAAAGAGGUCGUUUGAGUUGGUGUACAUGGUCACGAAUGAUCUCCCUGACGCAUGUUUUGAUAAAUGGUUCGGUUACACUACGGUUCAAUUUGGUUAAGGUGUCUGUCAACA